UCUCUCUCUCUCUCUCUCUCUCUCUGGUGGACUGAAGGUGUGUCAGUGAAGACGGAUCAUUAUUUCAUCUUGAUGAUGAAGGAUGAAGGAUGCACGGCUGUGAUGAAGGUCUUCUGAAGCUGAUGAUGGGCGGGAAUCAGUCACGAGGAGCGCCGCUGCUGCGUGAGGAUGAGGAGGUUUCCUUUGAUCACUUUCAGAUUCUCAGAGCCAUUGGGAAGGGAAGCUUUGGAAAGGUGUGUAUCGUGCAGAGGAGAGACUCCAGGAAGAUGUAUGCCAUGAAAUACAUGAACAAGCAGAAAUGCAUUGAAAGAGAUGAAGUCAGAAACGUCCUCAGAGAGCUGCAGGUCAUGCAACAACUCCAACAUCCGUUCCUCGUCAACCUGUGGUUUUCGUUUCAGGACGAGGAGGAUCUGUUCAUGGUGGUGGAUCUGCUGUUAGGUGGUGAUUUACGCUUCCAUCUGCAGAAGAAGGUUGGCUUUAAUGAGCAAACGGUCAAGCUGUACGUCUGUGAGCUCGUGUUAGCGCUCGACUAUCUGCAGCGCUCGCACAUCAUCCACCGUGAUAUAAAGCCAGACAACAUUCUCUUGGAUGAACAUGGUCACGUCCACAUCACAGACUUUAACGUGGCCGCGGUUCUGCAGGGCUCAGAAACAGUCUCCUCGAUGGCAGGAACAAAACCCUACAUGGCACCAGAGGUGUUUGUCUCGUUCGUGGACGGAGGUGUGGGAUAUUCGUUCGCUGUGGACUGGUGGGCUCUCGGCAUCACUGCAUAUGAGCUCCUGCACGGAUUGCGGCCGUUUGAGAUCUGCUCCAGCACAGCAGCGGCUGAGGUCCUCAGCAUCAUCCACGGCCAGCAGCUGCGCUUCUCCUGCGUCUGGAGCACAGGAAUGGAGCAUCUGAUCCGCAGCCUCCUGACCAGAGACCCCUCAAGUCGCCCGUCGAGUCUGUCUGAGGUCCAGGCAUCUCCGUAUCUGGCAGAUGUGGAUUGGGAAGCCGUGCUGCAGAAAUCCGUACCGCCUGGAUUCGUUCCAAAUAAGCACUGUCUGAACUGCGACCCCACGUUUGAGCUGGAGGAGAUGAUCCUGGAGUCCCGUCCACUGCACAAGAAGAAGAACACUAUGUCAGAGAUGAAGCAGCAGGAGCGUUUAGUUUCUGAUGAACCAGCUGAAAAUAAACGCUGUGAUGGACAAAACAACAACAACAUGAUGAGGAUGAUGAAGAUGGAGAUGAAGACGCACAGCAGCUCUGAGCUUCACUGA